AUGAGACCAUCCCCAGCUUUGUUAAACGCCACCAAGAGAAAGAUUCCUGUUCCACUUGAAAUGUACCCAUUGUUUGCUGCAAUUGGUGUGGCAGUUGUUUCAGCUUCGUUUUUCACCUACAGACACUUUGCUUACAACAAGGAAUUAAGAUUGUGGAAGAACGCAGAUUUGUCCAACUUGGACAAGGUGUUGAACGAACACAAGGAUGAGGAAUAA